AUCCGUUCCGGAUAAGAUUUACUUCCAAGCGAGGAAUGGCACCAAAAGCCACAUAAAGUGGCACCAAAAGCAAGAGCUUUUGGGCAAGCCAUGGAGACUCUGCUUCACCAAGUGGCACUGCCAUCGCCUCCCCACAUCACAAGAGCUUCUUCAUGGAUGAAUAGAAGCCCAGUUCCCAUCCGUCCCACAAGUCCUGUCCAUACGCUACUCUCAAAGAAAAGAGCUAAAGAGUCGCAAGCCCAAGGCAGAGGAUUCGGAAUAACAGUCUCAGAUAAGAACAGAAGGCUAGAAAAAGCUGAUAUCAACAACAACGCUCCGAAUGAUGGAGAUGACGAGAUACCCCCAGAUGUGUUCGAUAGAAUGAUACGUCGUAUGCUGUUCUCUGUCGGGACCCCAAUGGCAUUGGGCAUUGGCCUGUUGUACGUGCUAAGUUUGCUCAAGAAAGGCAACCUAUGGGAGGUGCCUGGAUGGCUGCCGUUCCUCACCAUCCUACUCUCUUUCGGGACGUCGGCGAUGGGCAUUGCUUAUGCUACUCUGACCACCAGCUGGGAUCACAACAAGGAGGGUUCCCUUCUAGGAUGGGAGGAAGCCAAGAAGAACUGGCCUGAGCUGUGGAAAGAAGAAGAUGACAAGAGAUAGAUUUUUGAUGUAAAAUAUUGUGAUUCCAAGUUUAUGCUUGUAGUGCUGAAGGUUCUCUUCUAUGCUUGCUCCUUUACAGAGCUUGUAGGCUCAACUGAAAUGGACUAGGAGUUAAAGAAGAAACCUAAAAUAUGAAUGCUACUACUCCCCGGAAGUUUUUAUGAUCCCA